AAAAAACGCUAAGAAGUAGAGAGAGAGACGCCCGAUUUCCCGCCAAUACCGGUUGGAAAAUCCUUCGGUUUAUCCUGAAUUUGUAGAUUAUCAUCAAUGGAGACUCGCAACCUUGCACACACUUCUUCUUCGAUACCACCACCAGACAUUCCCUUCAAUUCACAACAACACAAUCAUUUGCUCUCCGAAGCAGCUGGUCACAUUUAUUCUAACGAUCUCCCUAACGCUGCUGCUGCUUCCAUGGUGUCUCAUGAACAACAACACAUCGGAAGCACUGACACACCUUUCAUCCCUGAGAUUUUGGACUGGGAUCACCACCUUCUUGAUUUGCCUUUGGACUUUUCACCCAUUCAAAUGGAGGAGGAGGAUGGUGGCAUCCUGCCAUCUGAUGAGAAUCCUAUCAUGUCUCCUUACUGGAACGAUCUUAUCCUUGACACAAGUUCUACCUCAGCUUCCAAGCUUGUCCAUGAAUCAACUAUGCAACCCCAAGUUCCCCUGCAGCAGCCGCCUUCUCCUUGUGUUGAAUUGCCACCUCUUGUUAGGACAGUAUCCUCAAACAGCAACGACAACACCAGUGCUGCAGCUAAGGGACGUAUGCGUUGGACCCCUGAACUUCAUGAAGCUUUUGUUGAGGCUGUUAACCACCUUGGUGGCAUGAACAACGCAAAACCCAAGGCCGUGCUGAAGCAUAUGAAAGUCCAAGGCUUGACUAUUUAUCAUGUCAAAAGUCAUUUACAGAAAUAUAGGACAGCUAGAUAUGUACCAGAACCAUCACAAGGCUCGCAAGAGACGAAGUUGACACCGCUUGAGCAUGUUACAUCUCUUGAUACGAAACGUGGGAUAGAUAUAACUGAGGCGCUGCGUAUUCAGAUGGAAGUUCAGAAGCAACUUCAUGAGCAGCUCGAGGUUCAAAGAAAGAUGCAACUUCGGAUAGAAGAACAGGGAAAGGUCCUGCUCAUGAUGUUUGAAAAGCAAAAUAUGGAUUUUUGCAAACCGGACCAAGAAGACAAAGCAAGUGAGAAAACAACGCCUGAAAGCUGUUCAGAGGAGGCAGAUUCUCCACGACCAAAGCGUCCGAGAAACAAUGAAUGAAAGGAGAGGUUUCUUGGGAUGACAUAUCUAUAAAAGUGAAACGGUAUGUUGGUGAAGUUGAAGAGUUUGACUUAUUAGAGUAGGAGCUUUCUGUCUUUUUAGUUCUUAGGGCCUUUUCUCUCAGUUUUUUUCUUCUUCUGUUUAGUAAAACUAUUAUUUUCUGAUUCUCAGCUCACUAGGAAUAAACAGAAAUAAAGAGCAAUGAAUUUUUGUAGAGUUUUUCCUAUCUCUGGGAUGUAAUCUGAAUGCUGAUUCUAGAUUUAGUGUUUAUGCUGUUA